AUGCGGCAAAUACUUGAACAAGCUGGAACAGAAGGUGUCACCAUGAAUUAUCGUCUUGGAGAUUUAUGGUACUCAGGUCGUGGAAAUAACGAUGAUGUAAAGCUAUUAGCUCUCAUGUACGCAGACGACAUUGCUGUUAUGUGGCAAAGUACUCAAGAUCUAGAAAAAUUUAUAAAAGCAUUCGAAAAAUUCACACAAGAUUUUGGUCUUACUAUGAAUAUCAAAAAGACAUGCUUUAUGUCUCUAAGACAAUUUCAAAAGUCAACAUGUAACUCUAAAGAUAGAACAGAGAUAGAUGAUGGACCAUUGGACAUCACUAUACGCAAUCAAAAAAUAGAAAAAACAGAAGAGUUCAACUAUCUUGGAUGCUAUGUAUCAAAAGAUCAAACACAACAUAAAGACAUUGAAACGCGCGUAAGCAAAGCAUCCAGUGCAUUCAAUAGUCUCCGACGAAUUGUGUGGUAUCGAAAAUGUAUAUCGACUCAGGCAAAAAUAAGAAUAUUCAGAGCAUCAGUACUCCCAGUACUUUUGUACGGAAGUGAAUUAUGGUCUUUGACGAUUGCCGAAGAGCAACGCUUAAAAGCAUUCUAUAUGAAAUGUCUAAGGGUAAUAAUUGGAGUGUCUAUUGGCGAUCGAAUGAAGAAUGAUCUUGUACUUCAGUUAACGGGACAACCAGCACUUGAAAACAUCUUGAGAAGGAACAGACUACGCUGGUUUGGUCACGUUAAUCGUAUGGAUAACGAUCAAAACGGUCCGAUGUUAACAAAGAAGACCCUCUUCGCUUCAUUCAAAGAUGUAAAGAGACCUCCUCACGGUAUCAAAUUACGGUGGAAAGAUAAAAUCAUGAAGGAUAUCACCGUAUCC